UAGGAAGCUAAAGGGGUUAUGUGAAGGAAAUUGUAGAGCAACAAAAGCAAUAAAGCAUAAACAGAAAGCUAAUUAAGGAAUUGAAGAGAAUGGGGAGAGUGUCAAUCAACCUUGUUUCUAUUGCUGUUUUAGCAAUAAUGUUCCUGCUCUGUGCUGCAACAGCUCCUGUGCUUGGAACAACUUCUUCUGAAGAAAAGCAAUUGGCAGUGGGAUAUAAACUCAUGUUAGAAGAAAUGGCAGCAAUAAGGAAGGCUAAACAGGAUAAAUAUGAGAGUGAUGGUCAAAACCAGAAAAUAAAGACGAUGAAUUCACUACCAAAUAACAUUCUUAACGUCUUUGAAUUGUCUAGGGAGGAAAGUUUGCAGUGUGUGGGACAAGGAAGUUACUGUAACAAUGUGUUUGGACCGGAUUGUUGCUCUACAUCAUUCGCAUGUAUUCCACCUGGUAUUGUUGGUGGUGUGUGUGUGGCUUAAAGUCUUAAACCAACUUAAGAACAAGUGCCUACCUAGCUAGCUAGCUUAGUGGCUAGCCGGCUAGCCGGCUAGCUAAAGGUCGGUCAGGUCGGGUCAAUUUCAACGUCUAAUUAUCAAUAUUAUGUUUGCCUAUCGACAAUAUACAUAUGAAUAAGGUCGGUAGUUAAGGAUCGAUGUAAUGCUGUUAAGUAGGUCGGUAUGUGUCAUGUGCAGUACGUACGUGCGUGCGUACAAGUUUGGUUGAUGAAUGAAUAAUGAUUUAGUAGUACUACUAUGAAUUAUAUGAUCAAUGAGACUCAAAGUCAUCCUUUGUGUA